AUGGCUUCCAAGCUCUGCAACUUCCCUCUGAUCACCGACCUUCCAAUUCCCACUAAAUUCUUCCCAAAACAAUCUCAGAAAAUCCCAAUUCUCUUCCCUAUCCAUCAUCCCCUUCAUUCCUGUUCACCUUUUAGCCCUGUACAAUUAUGCUCCACAAGAAAAGUAGCAGCUUCAUCCUCAUCACUGUCUUCUCCGGCACCCUCCUCAGUUUCUGAUUCCUUGAAUGAACAAGUGGUUGAACAGUUAACUUCAGAUUCCUCCAGGGAUGCUUUACCAUCGUCUUCUAAGCUUGUUCUUGUGGUUGGUGGUUCCGGUGGAGUUGGGCAGCUGGUUGUAGCAUCCUUGCUCAGCCGGAAUAUCAAAGCACGCCUUAUACUUCGAGACCCUGAGAAGGCUACUUCUUUAUUUGGAGAACAAGACGAAGAAAAAUUGCAGAUUGUCAAAGGAGACACAAGAAAUCCACUGGAUCUAGAUCCUUGUGUUUUCCAGGGUGUCACACACGUCAUCUGCUGUACUGGAACAACCGCCUUUCCGUCUAGACGAUGGGACGGAGACAACACACCGGAAAAAGUAGAUUGGGAAGGCGUGAGGAAUCUGGUUUCCGCAUUGCCUCCGUCGGUUGAAAGAAUCAUUCUGGUUUCAUCUAUCGGAGUUACUAAAUUCAAUGAGCUUCCAUGGAGUAUUAUGAACCUUUUUGGUGUUCUCAAGUAUAAAAAGUUGGGGGAGGACUUUGUUCGAAACUCUGGUUUUCCAUUCACCAUAAUUAGAGCUGGUAGACUCACUGAUGGACCGUACACAUCUUAUGAUCUCAAUACCCUACUCAAAGCUACAGCUGGGGAGCGACGAGCUGUCGUCGUAGGCCAAGGAGAUAAGCUUGUUGGUGAGGUUAGCAGGCUUGUGGUUGCCGAAGCCUGCAUUCAGGCAAUGGACUUAGAUAUAACGAUAAAUCAGAUUUUCGAAAUCAAUUCCAUCGUGGGUGAUGGACCGGGAAAUGAUUCUGAAGAGUGGCGGAAGCUCUUCGAAGCAGCACAAGCCGGGAAUUCACGAACACAGAGUUGA